AUGAAAACUGUUGAGGAAGCUGAACUUUGCUUUCCACAGCUUCUCAAUUCAUCUUGCAGGAAGACUAUGCUGCCUCCCUCUGUAUACCUGGUUAUUUACAUUACAAUAUCUUCCAUCUCUCUUCUUACUGUAUUUCUGAACGUGCUGGUCAUCAUCUCCAUAUGCCACUUCAAGAAGCUCCACAGCCCUACCAACAUCCUCCUGCUCUCUCUGGCUUUCUCAGAUUGCAUGGUGGGAUUCCUCAUUUCAUUUCAAAUAGUGCUGAUAGAUGGUUGCUGGUAUCUUGGGGACAUCAUGUGUGGAGUCUACUUCAUUUUGGAUUAUGUUAUCACUACUGCUUCAAUAGGAACCAUGGUGCUUAUUUCUAUUGAUCGUUACGUGGCCAUUUGUUACCCCCUAUAUUACCCCAGCAAAAUCACUGAAGAACGAGCAAAGAUGUGUGUUUCUCUGUUUUGGAUGUGUUCCAUUUUUUAUCAUUGUGUUCUCCUGAGAGAUAACCUGCAACACCCAGGGAGGUAUAAUUCCUGCUCUGGAGAGUGUCUAGUUUUUCUAGAUCAUAUUGGGGGAGUUUUUGAUCUUUUGUCAUCCUUCAUUUGUCCUGUCACUGUGAUCAUUAUUCUCUAUGUGAGAGUAUUUAUAGUGGUUGUGUCACAGGCUCGGGCCAUGCAGUCUCACGUUGCAGCCAUCUCAGUUCAGGGUUCAGUGAGAGUCGCAGCUAAGAAAUCUGAAAUGAAGGCAGCCAUUUCACUGGGGGCUGUUGUAGUUGUGUUUCUGAUAUGCACUUGCCCAUAUUUCUUUGUUACACUUAUUGCAGAAGAUGCUGCUGUCAGUGCUUCAUCUGUGGCAUUUCUUCUGUUCUAUUUUAAUUCCACCCUGAACCCUCUGAUCUAUGCACUAUUUUACCCCUGGUUUAGGAAAUCAGUUAAACUUAUUCUUACACUGCAGAUCCUGAAGCCAGACCUGUGUGACACAAUCAUGGUGUGA